GCUCUCUUCUCUCAUUAAUUACAUGAGCUGGGUGCUCAGGGAAAGUUCAGAGUGAAGACGAGCAAAGUUGUGUCAUUUGAAUCAGCUCAUCUUGAUGGUGUGUUAUUGCUCUGACUAUCAUCGAACUGCAGCAAGGUCACCGUCCCACGUAAAAAAUUGAUGAUCCACUAUGGCUACGUUGCGCUUUGGGCAGCACAUCAUAAAGUCCUCUGCUGUGUUUUUGAAGACGGAGUUAUCCUUCGCACUAGUCAACCGAAAGCCGGUCGUGCCUGGCCAUGUUCUAGUGUGUCCUCUUCGUGUUGUUGAGCGGUUUCGGGAUCUUCGUCCUGAAGAGGUGGCAGAUCUAUUCAUGACCACACAGAGAGUAGCCAAUGGAAUUGAGAAACACUUCCAGGCAUCUUCCCUAACCAUCGCCAUACAGGACGGACCUGAGGCAGGACAGACGGUGAAGCAUGUCCAUGUCCACGUGCUUCCGAGGAAGGCUGGAGACUUCGAGAAGAAUGACAGCAUCUAUGAUGAGCUCCAGAAACAUGACCGGGAAAGUGAGGAUCUUCCUUCCAAAUGGAGAUCAGAAGAGGAGAUGGCCAGAGAGGCGACAGAAUUAAGCAGCCUCUUCAACUAGCUUCUUUAGCCAGAGGUGGAAGACAAGCAGAUGGAGGAUACAAGUUGAUAUGUGUUCUUAUCCAUCUUUUUUGACCAUUUAUUCAAAUAAAUAUUUUAGCUCA